AUGUGCACUGACAAAAUCCACACCGGUUUGCUGGUGAUCAGCUAUGCCACCUACCUACUCUUGGGUGCGAUCGUAUUCUGGGCUCUGGAGAAGAAUGCCGAGAUAGAACAGAAAAGGGCAGUAAUCCAAAUGAAGGAGGCGUUCCUGCAGAACUUCGCCCACCUCACUGUGGCAGAUGUUGAGCAGUUUGUGAAGAACCUGACUGACGCUGUGCAGAGAGGAGUAUAUCCAGUAGGAAACGAAUCACAGACUGAGGUCAGCAACUGGGAUUUCAGUAACUCCUUCUUCUUUGUGGGUGCAGUGGUAUCCACAAUAGGCUAUGGCACCCAGUGUCCUAAAACGGUUGCUGGCCAGAUCUUCUGUGUCUUUUUUGCUUCAUUUGGAAUCCCUUUGACUAUCGUUUUCCUGCACCGGGUCAGUAAGAUGCUUUCUCUGCUGUGUGAAAGGCUUGGGAGAUGGCUGUAUGAGAAGGGAAUGAAAAAGAAGAAGAUCAAGUUUCUGACCCUUCUCUUCUUCCUGGUGAUGGGCAUUCUAGUGUUCCUGUGUCUGCCGUCACUUGUCUUCCAGGUGGUGGAGGGCUGGUCCUACAGUGAAGGAAUUUAUUUUGCAUUUAUCACCCUGAGCACCAUUGGCUUUGGAGAUUACGUAGUAGCUGAAAAGGGGAAGGGGGAGGAGUCAAGCUUCUGGAAGAUGGAUGGGUGGGAAUAG